CGAAUGAUCAAAAUUGUCAAUGUAUCAUGUGUGUAUGCGAUCAACGUCGAUCGACGCACACACACACACUCGUCUGUCGGUCUCUCUCUCUGUCGGUCUGUUUGUCUGAUCAGACGACCUGCAGCACUUCAAGCUCAUCAGCCAUGAAGCUGCUGCUGCCGCCAAAAGUGGCGUAGGUGCCCUCCCGCACUCCCAUGUACCCCUCAGGCACCAGUGACAUGGGCAGCCACUGCGUGCAGCGGCGGAUGGUCGCCGGCACGAUGAAGUCCAAGCCUAAGGCGCGCUGCGAACCCAGGCAGAGGUAGCCCGGGUACCCGCCCCACACCAUACACCCCCACGGGCCCAUUGAGAUGGUGGUGGGGCUGACCGUCGCCACCGUCUGUCGGUCUCGGGGCAGGCGGAUCUUGGUCGGUCGGCUGAAGUGGCCCGCCAGGGAGAACAUCCACAUACCACACGAGCUGAAACAAGGCGCUUGCAUGAAGGAAUAAGAAGGCAUCAAUCGAAAGCAUUCGGCGAAGUGGAUGAACAACCACACACACAUACCUUCAUGCGGUCGUUCAUGAAGACGCCGAAGAUGUGCUGGUCCUUCUUGGCAACGAAGACCAAGCGGGUCGAAUUGCCCACUCUGCCGAGCAGGCUGGCGUAGCUCGACCCAUCCCGAUUGGCACUGAACGGAAUGACACACACAUACAUAGGACCGACUCAUGGCACACAAUGGAAGUGUGCAGCCGCAUGUCUGCCCCACCGGUAGAGUGAUUGCAGUCGUUUGUUGCGGCCGCCGAGGAGGCCCAGGAGGCCUCUACGCUCCUCAACGCUCAGCACCGAACCCUCGUAAUCAGAUACCUGAGACACACACAUACACGCAGACACGCACAGACAAUGAAUGCGGGCAGAUGGUAUGUCACUCGUGGUCGAGUUGGCGACCUGUCGGAUUGGGGCAUUCCUGCCCUCCGUCUGUGUCUGCUCGGGUGUGGUGUUGGCCUGGCGGGCCUUCUCGUGCUCCAGCAGCUUGACGGCGUAGUAGUUCUUGUGAAUGCAGCUGCCUCGACUGAUGGCCCUGCAGGCCGCGACAGGAACACGUGUUGAUGAAUGAUGCAGCGCCAGACGCAGGUGGUGUUUUGUGCUGCUGACUUGCAUGAGGGCACUCCACGCUGCCAUUGGGUAGCUUCGAUUGGUACCGUGCUUCUGGACAAAUCUUACCUUGCUCUCAAUGCUCGCUGACUUAAGGUGCAUGCAACACGCUGAUGGUCUGCCGUAGUCUGAAUGUCAUACUGUACACACCACAU